UCAGAAUCAGAGGCGCAACAACUAUGUCUUCCAAAGGCUUACAUGAUUUUUCCCACUGUACAAUUUGUACUGAGAUAUACAACGAGACAAACCGGAGACCAAAGCUUUUAAGCUGUGGCCAUACAUUGUGCCUGAAGUGUCUACAAGAACUCUUUAGCAGGACCCUGGAUCUUCCAGUGUACCAACAGACAUCUAACCUCAGAUGUCCAAGCUGCCGCCAAACAACGGAGAUCUUUCAUGUCUGUUGUGUUUCUCGCCUGCCUGACAACUUUGCCAUCAUCAAUUUCCUGACUGAUGAAGAAUCAAGUAAACAAUAUUGCAAGAAACACCAGGAUGAAAAAAUUAAGUUUUUCUGUCAUCAGUGUCAAAGGUUAUUGUGCCCUAGCUGUGCUCUCCAGCACGUGACACAGACGCUACAUAAGAUAGAAAAUGUUGAGUCAGCAGCACUGAAGUACAGACAGCAAAUUCAUUUGGCGAUAAAUGACUGCAAAGAAAAGCAGAAUCGUCUGGAUGAGAUAAUACAAAAGGCUGAAGUGGAGAAACUCAAACUUGAAAACCUGUCCAGGUCUUUCCAAAACAUUGCAAUAGCUACCAAUGACCUAGAAUUGCUAUUUCAGAAGCAGAUAUUACAGAAUUUACAGACUAUAACUGCAAAGUUAUCUGAAACUAUAAAGCACACUAUAUUACCAAGGCCAAAAGGACAUAAAAACAAGCAGAGUUUUCUCAUACCUCCAGGAUAUUGGUCUACCCCGCUUCCUACAGAAAAGUAAUCACGUUAACCAAAAUCAAAUUGUUUGGGGAGGAUAACAGACUAUUGCUAGCCAUACAUCAGACCAACUUUUCUCCAACACUCCAAACUUCCAACCAUCCAACUUGUCUGUUCAACUAAAACAGUGCCCCACACAUCUCACCAACUUUUUACCAGUGCUCCACACAUCUAACCAACUUUUCAUCAGACCAACCAACCUUCCAACUUCUGUCCAACUUGUGAUGUCACCGAAGUAGGCGGACAGUGCCUGCCUACAGUUCUUCAGUUUUGUUUUGUUUUUUUCAUUUCAAAACAUGCAGAAGUGUCUUUUUUUCAGUGAAACUGGGCUUUUCUUUCACCACCAUACAUUUAUUAGAUUUACUUAUUUUUAGACUGAACUAUGGAUACCAGCAUGGUUGGGCUGCCAAGGCAAAUGUAUAUAUAUAUAUAUAUAUAUAUAUAAAAGAUGUAGAUAUUCGGCACUCCCAAUGUAGUAAAAUGUACAGCUUGCCUGGUGCCCUCUUUUUUGGAGGCACAAGUAUUAUUUAUAUAUUUUUUUAAAAGAUCAUUAUAUAUAUAUAUAUAUAUAUAUAUUUUUUUUUUUAAAUGGAGUGGGAAAAACCCGAAAAAAAAUUGCGUGGGGUCCCCCUUCCAAAGCAUAACCAGCCUCGGGCUCUUCGAGCCGGUCCUGGUUCUAAAAAUCCGGGGGAAAAACGGACAGGGGAUCCCCCGUAUUUUUAAAACCAGCACCGGGCUCUGCGCCUGGUGCUGGUGCAAAAAAUACGGGGGACAAAAAGAGUAGGGGUCCCCCAUAUUUUUUACACCAGCAUCAGGCUCCACUAGCUGGACAGAUAAUGCCACAGCCGGGGGUCACUUUUAUACAGUGCCCUGCGGCCAUGGCAUUAAAUAUCCAACUAGUCACCCCUGGCCGGGGUACCCUGGGGGAGUGGGGACCACUUCAAUCAAGGCCCCCCCCCCCAGCCACCCAAGGGCCAGGGGUGAAGCCCGAGGCUGCCCCCCCCAUCCAAAGGCUGCGGAUGGGGGGCUGAUAGCCUUGAGAAAAUUGAAAGAAUAUUGUUUUUUCCUGUAGUACUACAAAUCCCAGCAAGCCUCCCCCGCAAGCUGGUACUUGGAGAACCACAAGUACCAGCAUGCGGGAGAGAAACGGGCCCGCUGGUACCUGUAGUUCUAAUGAAAAAAAAAUACCCAAAUAAAAACAGGAGACACACACCGUGACAGUAAAACUUUAUUUCACACAUGUCGACACACACAUACUUACCUAUGUUGACACGAAGCAGUCGGUCCUCUUCUCCAAGUAGAAUCCACGGGUACCUGAAAAUAAAAGAUAAUUAUACUCAUCUGAUCCAGCGUCCUUAUACGUAAUGCCACCCCUGUAGUAGUAGCAUCCUUAUACGUAAUGUGCCCCCAGUAGUAGUACCGUCCUUAUACAUAAUGCCCCCCCAGUAGUAGUAGCAUCCUUAUACAUAAUGCCCCCCCAGUAGUAGUAGCAUCCUUACAUGUAAUGCCCUCCCAGUAGUAGUAGCACCGUCCUUAUACAUAAUGCCCCCCAGUAGUAAGAGUCCUUAUACAUAAUGCCCCCCCAGUAGUAGCGUCCUUAUAUGUAAUGCCCCCCCCAGUAUUAGUAGCCUCCUUAUACAUAAUGCCCCCCCAGUAGUAGUAGCAUCGUUAUAUGUAAUGCCCCCCUGUAGUAGUAGCGUUCUUAUACAUAAUGCCCCCCAGUAGUAGUAGCAUCGUUAUAUGUAUUGCCCCCAUGUAGUAGUAGCGUUCUUAUACAUAAUGCCCCCCAGUAGUAGUAGCAUUGUUAUAGGUAAUGCCCCCCCAGUAAUAGUAGCGUCCUUAUACAUAAUGCCCCCCCAGCAGUAGUAUCGUUAUAUGUAAUGCCCCCCCCCAGCAAUAGUAGCGUCCUUAUACGUAAUGCCCCCCCUAUAGUAGUAGCGUCCUUGCAUGUAAUGGCCCCCCCAGCAGUGGCGUCCAUAAAGCGCGCACACACAGACAUACCUCACACACACACAAUUCACACAUAUACACACACACACAUAUAUACACACACACACACACACACACCUCCACCAUACACACACACACACACACACUUCACACAUAUAUACAAACACACACACACACCCACCACACACACACACACACACACACAUAUAUAUACAAACACACACACACACACACACACACACACACCACCAUAUACACACACACACACACACACACACACACACACACACACACACACACACACACACACACUUCUCUCUCACCCUCCACUUACCAAGUCUGGCUGGCCGUCACUGCAAAGCUGUCUGGUCCCGUGUAGCUCCGCCCCUCUAUUCCGUGUAGCUCCGCCCCUCGUGCCGCCGUAGCUCCGCCCCCUUUUCAGGCCCCGCACUGCACAGCCCGCUGUCACAGGUAAUGGGGGGGCUUUUCAUGCUGCCGGCGCAGUAGGCGGACACUGGCAGGCAGUGUCCGCCUACUUAUCGUUCAGUUGGGGGGAAAGUUUCCCCUACACCUGAACGAUUGGUUGGGAAAAUCAAACAGGUUUGAUUUUCCCAACUAGUUGGACAGACCGUUUCUGUCCGUUUUUCAGCGUGUGGGAGCAAACGGCUGAUAAUCGUUUGCUCCCACACACUGCCACAUUAUCUUUCCAACCAGCCAACUAGUUGGCUGGUUGGAAAGAUAUCGUCCUGAUGUAUGGCCAGCUUAUGAAACAUAUGAGAAAAGAGAAAAGACUGAAACUAAAUUUAGAUAUUGUCCACCUUCACUUCAUAUUGGAUUAUAUAUGGCCUAAUGCAACUUUUUACACUUUUUAUUUUGGCUUCCAGCAAAACUAUGUUGCACUGCAGGUGGGGUAAAAGUAAAAAGUGCUGGAGCUUUAUAAUCGGGAAGGGGCCUGUCCUAGCUAAAUUCUAAAUUUUGGUUUAAAACAAAGCUACCCAGUAUUUGUUUGCUACAUGAAAAAUCAGCCAGUAGAUUCCUUACAUGGAUACCAAAAAAAGCCCCACAAAUGAAUUAGUAUUUGCAUUGCACCAUGGUUUGUUGUGGGAGGUUUCUGCUUCUUAUUCUAUUUGCUCCAAACUCUAAAACAGACCCUGAGUGUGUAGAAUUGAUCCCAUCUUUGUAAAGUAAUCAAUGUAAUGAGACCAAACAACUCCAAAUAAACAGCUCUCAGCAAUAGUAUUCAAAAACUUUCCAGCAUUGAUAAAAACUCUAUUAAAUUGACUAAAAUCAUGUUUGAGGCUCCAUUUAGCAUAAAAUAAAGGGUGGGACAGUGACGUAGCCAGAGAAGGCCCAAGGGUGUGACAGCUUUCUCUGCUGAAAAUCUGUAAAAAAACAAAAGGGCCCCGGCAGUGAUGAAGCAACAAUUACAAGUAAUAAGGUAUUGGUUGUUCACAGGGUUCCCAUAGCCUACAGAAGCCCAAAUACAGUGCCUGACUUCACUUACCCCCAGCAGUGACAGAAGAGGCACCACAACUCGGCUUACCAUCCCUACCCUUCCUGUACCACACUGCCUAGUUGCUCCCUCCAGUACUUAGACUGGUGGGCCAACCUCGUAAUAUUACUGCAAUGACUUCAGCAUGAAUGGGCUGACAGUCUGUAGCCACAGAGGAUGGCCCAUACCUUGCACUACUUCCUUGUGGCCCUUCCUACUAACAGGAAGCAGCGGGACCCAGUGACGUGCGGCGGGGUGAGGCAGGUCGGUAUCCUGACCGCCGGGAUCCCGACCGCCAGCAUAUCAACUGCAUCUCCUAAUAACAGCCAGUUAGGAUAGAGCGCGGUGUGGUGGAUAUGCUGGAAGAUCUAAUUGAGAAGUGCAUUAGAGCUAAGGUUUGCCAAAGGAGAACUGUAUAUGUGUUUAAACACUGUUUGCCAUCCUGACAAAUAACUUAGAAGUGUGUUGUACCAGACACAUGUUGUAAGUGUCAACUUGGAGGCGACAGUUUCAUAAAAUAUAUAUACGCAUAUGCACACUUACAUUCACGUAACACUUAUUUUAUGUUCGACUGCUAUACUAUAUAAAACACACUUGCUGCAGUUUCAUCACUUUGCAUAAAUAGGAGUACAGUACAGUAUGUCAUUGCUUGGCAUACACUGCCAUCAGGGCCAGUACUAGGGUGUUCCUAGCCCCCUGCAAACUAUAAAUGUGCGCCCCCUCCCAUACGUGAUAAAGGGACAGCGCGCUACAAAAACCAGGGUGUGUAGUUUCAUAAGGAAGGGGUGUGGCCACACAAUAGUACCCCCAAUUCAAAUUACGCAGGACAGCAGCACCAUUUUAUUACACUGCACGUAGUGCCCCUAAUUCAUAUUGCACCACAUAGUAGUGUACCUUAUUCACAUUACAAUACACAGUAGUGCCCCUAGUUCACAUUACGACACACAGUAGCUCACCUUAUUCACGUUACAUCAGACAGUAGUGCCCUUUAGUCAUGUUAACCAACACAGUAGUACCUCCUAUACACAUUACGCUACACAGUAGUUCUUAUAUAGUGUCCUUUAUAACACAAAGUCCAUAGUAGUAAUGCCCUUUACACAUAAUGCCCAAGUAGUAGUGCACCUUACAUAUAACUCCUACAGUAGUAGUGCCGCACAUAAAGCCCACAGUAGUAGUGCUA